AUGGACGGGCCUGACAAACAGUGGUCUUUGGGGAAGGUGGUGUCGGGGAGACUGCUGCUAGUGCGAGUGCGCAGGGUCGGGCUUCUUAUUGGCCAGCAGCUGGUUUGCUCCGAGCGGCAGCGCUGCUCACCCAGAUUCUUUCUCCCCAGUGCCCCAGGCUCGCCUUCAUCAUUCAGGACACCGGGACUCCCGAGGAAAGGGCACAGCCCUGGUCGCUCGCGUCCUCGCGGCUCCGCUCCGGGCAUCCGCGCGGCCUCCGAGGCCCUCCUGGCUCUCGCUCUGGAGGCCUUCGGGUGCGUGGCCUCGGGCCACGCCAGCCGCCUGUGGGAGCCGCUGCGGCAGUUCUGGGCCGACCACUUCUCGAGGCGCUUCUCGCCGCGGCGCCCGCCGCUGCGCCGCAUCUCCUCCAUGUCCACCUUCUACCUGCUGGACCACCGCACGCGCCAGGCCGAGCUGGGCCUCAGCUACGGCGCGCCGCGCACGCGCCUCAGCGACGAGGCCUUCGUGUUCCGCGGCGGCCAGUGGAAGGUCGAGGGCGCGUCCGUGCAGUCGCGGCCGCCGCUGUCCUCGCCGACCAUCUCCGGCUGGAAGGCGCAGGUGCAGCGGGUCAAGAGCCAGGCGCUGCUGGAGGAGAACAACUACCUGAAGCUGCAGCAGGAGCUGCUCAUGGACAUGCUGACUGAGACCACGGCGCGCAUGCACCUGCUGGAGAAGAAGCUGGACGCCGAGGCCGGCCCGGCGGCCGCGGCGCGAGCCUGGCAGAGGAGGAUGCGCAGGCGCGAGGGGGCGGGCGGCGUGCUCGUGCUCGAGCCGCGCGCGCUGCAGUCGCGGUGA